AUUGAAAAACAAAAAAUAAAAAAUAAAAAAAUAUACUCCGUCAAUUUCGCUUCCAACAGCCAUAAAUAGCCCCAUUUCUCCAAACUGAAUUUCCACAUUGCAACAAAGACACACUAACCAUCGGUCCACCACCAUGGCAGAAGAGAAACAGCACCACCACCUCUUCCACCACCACAAGGAAGGCGAAGGAGGAGGAGAAGUUGACCACAAGAAGGAGGAGAAACACCACAAGCAUCUUGAGCACCUCGGCGAGCUAGGCGCGGCUGCUGCCGGCGCUUACGCUUUGCAUGAGAAGCAUGAGGCUAAAAAAGACCCAGAGCAUGGCCACAGCCAUAAAUUAAAGGAGGAGAUCGCGGCGACGGCUGCCGUGGGAGCCGGAGGAUUUGUCUUGCAUGAGCAUCAUGAGAAGAAAGAAGCCAAAAAGGAAGAUGAGGAAGCUCAUGGAAAGAAACACCACCAUCUCUUUUAAUUAAAUAUAAUUAUAUAUCUAUUUUGUGUGCUGUGUGUAAUGGUUUCACGAUAUCCAUGUUGUUUAAUUACCCUAAACUGGAAUAUUGAGAAUCCUUUACUAAACCAGAUCAUAUAUACUGUCUGGUUCUCUUUUUAUGUAUCUAAUUAUAAAAUAAUGUUAAUUUUGGAUAUGUUUCUAUGAGUUUAAUUAUUUUCAAUAAAUUAUAUUUUGCAA